AUGGGGUUCUAUCCGCGAUCUCGGCAAGAACGGCUGAGCAUCAAUGAUCCGUCUGUUCGCCCAUUUCGAUUGGCUGUCCUCAAAGCUGCAGCUCUCAAUCUUCUUAUUCUCCAGAUUCUGUUUCUGGGCCUGUUCUGUUAUCUUUUUGGAUCUUUGUUUCAACAAUCCACACAUAUUCAUAAUAUCAAUGUUCUUUUCAUUGAUUAUGACGGUGGCGCUAUAGGUACCGCAGUUCGCAAUGCGUAUCAGAAGCUCCAAAGCUCGGGUUUCCCCACUCUGAUUGAGCAUUCUUCAACUGAAUAUCCCCAACCAGAGCUUGCUGUGGAUGCCGUUUGCAAUAUAAAAUACUGGGCGGCACUUUAUACUACUUCUAAUGCGUCGAACGUGUUAGAUGCAGCACUGACGGGUGGGUCAGCUGCCUCAUCAUAUAACCCAAGUGAAGUUCUCACUAUGGUCUGGAACGAAGCACGAUAUCCAACUGUUGUUGACUCUGCUGUCUCUCUGAGCUUGACCGAGCUUUCCGAAGCUGCAAGGGUUUCUUUCAUGGAGACGGGUGGAAAGCAGUUAAUUCAGACGCUGAACACAUCUGAUUCCGCGGCCAUCUCAGUCUUCUCGGACCCUUGGACUUUGGCAUCCAUUAACGUCCAGCCAACGAAACAAGGCUCCCGCUUAAUCUACAACACAUUGGUAGUGAUCUUAAUUUUGAUCCAAGAAUUCUUCUACCUUGGAUUCGUCAAUGGGCUUUACCAGCAAUUCCACCUUUACACAUCUGUAUCACCACAUCGAAUUGUCAUUGUCCGCCAAUUAAUCUCAGCCUCAUACACAUUCGUUGGAUCUUUAUGUACCGCGGGUGCAAUUUGGGCCUUCCGAUACGGCUGGGACGUGAAUGGAAUCCAGUUCGUGCUCACCUGGAUGGUACUAUGGCUCUUUGCUCAUUUGAAUUUUCUCACUCUUGACGUCUUCACUAUAUGGCUCCCACCUCAAUUUGUGCCCAUGGCACUCAUAUCCUGGGUUGUGCUCAACGUCACUUCCAUUUUACUACCAUUUGAAUUGUCACCUGGAUUUUACAAGGUUGGAUACGUUAUGCCAGCACAUAGUGUCUUUCAAGUCCUCGUUGACAUCUGGUCUGGUGGAUGCAAUCCACAACUGAAUUAUGCUCUACCUGUGAUGUUCGCGGUGGAGGUUAGCAGUCUCAUUCUGAGCUCCAUUGGCGUGUAUCGACGCGCUCAUUAUGCGACAAUCAAAAAGGAGUCAGAUGAGAAAUCAGCUCAAGAACGCAUCGAGGCUGCUAUUGCAGAGAAAUUAAAUCAGAUGGCAAUCAGGGAUGGGAAUGGAGAGGCUGAUAUUCCGGACGGCGAAUCUGAGGCGCCGGUGGCUCUUGAAAGGCGUGGGACGAUGGCGACUUUAGAAGACCAGGAAGAACUGGCUGGUAUUGUCCGGCGGGAAUUAUCACGGCCGCCGGAAAAUCAAGAAAGAAGAUUCAGUCUUCGUGAAAAUACUGGGCCGUCGUUCUAUUUACCGUUUCGGCAAUGA